GCGCCGGGGCGGCCGCGGCGCUCAGGGCGGCUCCGGGGCGGCCGCGCCCCGCUCUCGCCGCUCUCCCCGCGAUGGCGCAGGCGGCGCUGGGCGCGGCGGGGCUGCACUUCGACGAGCUGAACAAGCUGCGUGUGCUGGAGCCCGCGGCGGCGCAGCAGACGGGGCAGCUGCGGGAGGAGUGCGGCGCGUUCCUGGACAAAAUCGUAGAAUUUCAAAAAAUAGUGGGUAGCUUAAUCGAACUUGUUGACCAACUGGCAAAAGCUGCUGAAAGUGAGAAGAUGAAGGCCAUCGGUGCCCGGAAUUUGCUGAAGUCUAUAGCAAAGCAAAGAGAAGCUCAGGAACAGCAGCUUCAGGCCCUGAUAGCUGAGAAGAAAAUGCAGUUGGAAAGGUACCGCAUAGAGUACGAGACUCUGUGUAAGAUCGAAGCGGACCAGAACGAGUUCAUCGACCAGUUCAUUUUUCAGAAGUAGAGGCCUUCCACACCAGCCCCAACGUGGAGCUUUUGAGCAUUCCAGAAGCAUCAGAGUCUCACAGAUAUGCAAUUUCCCCGGUGUGAGUGAGUGAGGAGAUGGUGUGUGCGAGUGGAAGCUCCCGAUUCGAGUGGCAAUAAGGAGAGCUUUCCAACAGCUCUAACGACUGUUCUGUCCCUUGAUUUUAUAGCAGUUUUGUACAGUCAGUAGUUCUACACUCAGACUGGUUGAGUUGGUCCUACUGGCGCUGUGCUGUGUCUCUCUUUUGGAACUGCACAGCUCUUUCAAAGAAACUGGGAAAUAAAUCAUUUUCAGACUUUC